AAAUUAACAUCCUGGAAUAAGCUGAAGGUGUGUGUAUAUAUAGAUGCUUUAUAAGAGAGCGUGCCAGUGAUAAGUCUACCAGAAGCCCUCAGGAUUACAUAACAGAGAAUGAACAGACACAUCUUCAUACUUCUAACCCAAGCUGUGUUAGUGGUCAUAGUUUCAGGAACAUUGUGUAAUGACAGGAAUAUUCAGACUGUCGGCAGAGUUGUUUUCGGAGAAGCCAGAGGGGAAUCGAUAAUGGAACAGCUGGCUGUGGCUUACAGCAUUGUCAACCGCGUAAAUCACGAGGGAUAUCCGAACAGCCUCGACGAAGUAGUCAAUCAGAAAACAAAUAGCGGAAGGUACCAAUAUGAAACUUUGAAUCUUUACAAUGACAAGCUAGGUUGGAACUAUGCAAAGAAGGCAAACAGCUUUGAAUACAAGUACGCCAUCGAAGCUUCUCUUAACGCUUUAUGCAGUCGGGAGGUCGACAUCACAAGUUGCGUAACAAGUUUUUGUGACCGUGAUCCAUGUUACGCAACAAGUCACCAUUAUUGGUCCACAAUUACCAGGAGCAUGAGGAUUGGAAAACAUUACUUUGUUUGCCAAAGGCACAGUCAUCCGCGUAAUGACAGGAAUAUUCAGACUGUCGGCAGAGUUGUAUUCGGAGAAGCCAGAGGGGAAUCGAUAAUGGGACAACUGGCUGUGGCUUACAGUAUUGUAAACCGAGUAAAUCACGAAGGAUAUCCGAACAACCUCGACAAAGUAGUCAAUCAGAAAACAAAAAGCGGAAGGUACCAAUAUGAAACUUUAAAUCUUUACAAUGACACGCUAGGUUGGAACAACGCAAAGAGGACAAACAGAUUUGAAUACAAGGACGCCAUAGUAGCUUCUUUUAACGCUCUGUGCAGUCGGGAGGUCGACACCACAAGUUGCGUAACAAGUUUUUGCACAUUUAAUCAAUGCUACACAACACCCGAUUUAAAGAACAACCCUACUUGCUUUUCCUAAUUUUGAGCAUGGAUUGUUAUAGAGUAUCUAUGAAGUAAUGAAU